AUGAGAGUCUGUGGACUGCAUGAAACACACUAUCAGUAUUUGGCUUGCUUCAACCACACAUCUUUCUUUUCGAUCAUGGAUGACCAAAUCGCCACAUUUUUGGCCUUCACAGGGUCUGAGGACGCGGCUACAGCAAAGCAGUAUCUUGAACUUUCAGGCAACAAUCUUGAGUAUGCGGUUCAGUUGUUCUUAGAAGCAGGUGCAAAUAAUCAACCAUCUUCAGCGGCAAACGCCGAUGAGGAAUACGCCACCAGAUUGCAAAACGAAGCGUAUGAGGCUAACGUGAGAGAGGCUGAUGCGAAUGUCCACAGACAUGAUACGCUUGUUGACUCUUUCCCCUCUUUUGGGCAACCAGCUCCCCUGGAAACAGAUAUGUUUGGCCGUGGGCGUGUGGGCAUCUUUAACCAACGUUUCGAAUGGGGAGAAGAGGGAGCGCGUUUCGAAGACGAUGAUGAUGAUGACUUCGAGGCUGAACCUCGUGUUGUGGAAUUGAAUGAUGAGGAUCUGGACGAAAUAAUGGAAUUGGAUGAAGAUCAAGAGCCGACCAGACCCACGAGACGCACCAGAUUACAACAAUCACGUAUGUCAGAGCUCACUUCAACGCAGCGAAGACUUGCUGAGCUAUUCAAGCCACCUUUUGACCUUAUUGAAAGAACCAACUUGGAUGGAGCUAAAGUGAAAGGACGAGCGGAAAAGAAAUGGAUCCUAGUGAACAUUCAAGACCAAACAGAAUUCCAAUGCCAAGUGCUUAAUAGAGACUUUUGGGCUAACAAAAGCGUGAAAGCGGCCGUACGGAAAGACUUCAUCUUCUUGCAGUUUCAGCAUGAUUCUGUUAAUGGAGAAACCUACCUGAACUUUUACCAUGUGGACACAUACCCUCACAUCGCCAUCUUGGACCCAAUGACAGGCGAGAAGGUUUUUUCGUGGAAAGAUGGAGAAGUUCCAGACGUGGAAGAGUGGCUAGCUGAUGUCGAAUUGUUCUUAGAAAAGUUUUCACUCCAGCCCGGAUCCAACAACCCUGUGGUGAAACACGAAGUCAAAUUUGAUCCAGACGCAAUGUCUGAAGAGCAGCAGAUGGAAUUUGCCCUUAAGCAGUCUAUGGCAGAGAAGGGUGCUACUGCUGAAGAUGCUAUAAACCUUGAUUCAGAGCAUGAAGAAGAAAAAGAAGAAGAAACAGGAAGUUCUGCUCCGGAAGUGUCUCUGGACAUUUUCGGAUCGAUAAAACCGAUUGACCACCCCGAGCCAACAGAAGGCCCAACAACGCGUGUCCAGUUAAGGUUUCCUAAUGGCAAGCGAUUGAUCCACAAAUUUGCAUAUGAAUCUGAUAAAGUAAGACAACUAUAUGAAUGGCUAAAGUUUGUUUUGCUGAAUGCAGAAGCAGCCGAAUUUGGAAUCAGCGGAGACGAAAGAUUUACCAUCUCGAGUGUUGGAAACCCCAAGCUCAUCGAGUGUUUGGACAUGACGAUAGGGGAGGCUGGAUUGAAGAAUGCUAGUAUUUUAUUGGAGAAGGAAUGA